CCCAGCUUCACAUAACUGGUAACUCUGUUCUUCUCUUUCCUUCCCUCCUCUGAAUCUCACCAUAAAAACCUACAGAUCCUCUCGUUCUCUCCCACCAUCUCUGCAAUUUUACGGAGCUCUCUCCAGAUUCACCAGACACAUCAGAUCAGCAUUCUGAAUCCAUAAUGGCUCUGAAGAAGCCCAGCAGACUCCCUCAGACCGCAGUUCUGAAGCAAAUUCUAAAGAGAUGCUCGAGCUUGGGGAGGAAACGAGGGUAUGUUGAAGAAGGCUUGCCUAUGGACGUGCCCAAGGGUCACUUUGUUAUAUAUGUCGGAGAAAACAGAAGUAGAUACGUUGUCCCAAUUUCAUUUCUAAGCCGCCCUGAGUUCCAAAGCCUUCUCCUUCAAGCCGAAGAAGAGUUCGGGUUUGAUCACGACAGGGGACUCACAAUCCCUUGUGAGGAAGACGCCUUUGAGUCCCUCGCCUCCACUCUUGGAUGA